CAGCAUGUCAAGCGUUUCAAGAAGAACGAAAUGGCAUCCAGCUCCGCCUAGCCCCAAAAUCCUCCACUUCCCUCGCCGCUGCAGAACCCGCGCCCGCAAGAGCCAAUCUUCAAAACCCAACCUCGAGAGAGAGGGAUUCGAAGAGCACCGCCACGGCUUCGCGGCGGAGGAGUGGCUGUUCCAAUUGGAGAGACCAGGGAGAAACAAGAUGGUUGAAAGUAAAAGGAAUGCAGUUUUGGAGGAUGAGAUUCAAGAUUUAACUCACAAGUUACGCGAAUUGCACUUCAACUUGAGGAUCAAAGGCUCUACUAAUUUCGACAACAAUUUACAACAACUUUCCAACACAAACAUUCUUAAAGAGGCCACGCUUUCCGAUUCCACAAAUCAUAGGCAGGAUGCAAUGAAAGAACAGGAACAGGAAGAGGAAGAUGAAGCAAGGCAACAAGAGAACAAAUGCUCGGGGCGGUGCAAGGCCAUGGUGCUAAGGAUAAUGGAGCAGGUGAGGGCGGAGACAGAGCAAUGGUCCCAAAUGCAGACAAUGCUGGAGCAAGUCCGAGGAGAGAUGGAACAACUGCAGGCAUCCCGCGAUUACUGGGAAAAUCGAGCCUACACCUCCGAGUUCCAGAUUCAAUCCCUUCGCCAUUCAGUGGAGGAAUGGAAGCAGAAAGCUCUUGACUACGAAAAGGAAGUUCAUGAACUUGAAAACAAAGUAUCUAUGAAUGAUACGAAAAGAGGAGCGCCGCUUCUUUCUUUAGCCAAACAGCUUGCUAAGGAGAAGAGGUCGUUUCUCAAGGAAAAGGCGAGUAGGCGACACUCGAGUAUCUUUGGCGCCUCUGAAUAUCGGUCACCGUUGAGGGAGAUUGGAAACUCGAGGCAAAACCAUAGAGCAGCUUUUGAUUAUCAUAGCCCGGAAAGAUCUAGAAUAAGAGAAAGCUUUAGAAAGUGAUGGAGAGUUAGGCCAUAUUUGCAUCAUUGUUUAAGUUAUGGAGUAGAGUUUUUUUGGUGGAAGUAUCAAUAAAUUUAACACCUCA